AAACGAAUAGUGACUCAGUGAACUGAAUGGGAUGCGGACUGUGUGGUGGAGUCUUUCGACUUGCAUAUGUCAUAUAUGCAACCGUUGUGGGAUAAUAUUAACCGAUUUUAUUGGAAGUGACGGCACCUACUGAAAAUAAGCAUUGGUUUUAGAACUACCACAUCAGUCUUCGAACAACUCAGUCAGGCUCCUGUUACUGCCCAGUGCAUCAAGAGAUUAUGAAUAUCUCCUACACUCCUAAUGGAAGAAACCUAAAAUGUGAACAAAGGAAAGACGCUUUUGUUAUACAGAUAACAUUUUGUAAAUAAAGUAUGUAUGUUUCAGGAAAAUCUUUUUUAUGCUAUUUAACAGGAUGCAAGAUUAGAGGUCACAUGACUGAAUUAUGCAGCCGCCGUGAUACGCAGAUGACUUACACAUUGUUUAAGCAAGGAUGUCAUCUGCCACUGAAAAUGGAGUUGGAGUGUCAGGGAAACAAAAUGGGGAGAAAACCUACAAAAAGACAACAUCCUCUGCGUUGAAGGGAGCUAUCCAGCUGGGAAUAGGGUACGCCGUAGGGAAUCUUACUUCUAAGCCAGACAGAGAUGUGCUUAUGCAGGAUUUCUACGUAGUGGAAAGUGUGUUUUUACCAAGCGAAGGCAGCAACCUGACCCCAGCACAUCACUACCCAGAUUUCCGGUUCAAGACCUACGCUCCCUUAGCAUUCCGCUACUUCAGAGAACUCUUUGGGAUCAAGCCAGAUGAUUACUUGUACUCCAUAUGUAAUGAACCAUUAAUAGAGCUGUCCAAUCCAGGUGCCAGCAGUUCCCUGUUUUAUCUAACAAGUGAUGAUGAGUUCAUUAUCAAGACUGUACAGAACAAAGAAGCUGAAUUUCUUCAGAAGCUGUUGCCUGGGUAUUACAUGAACUUAAAUCAGAAUCCGAGGACACUUUUGCCAAAGUUUUAUGGCCUGUACUGUGUGCAAUCUGGGGGUAUAAACAUUAGAAUUGUUGUCAUGAACAAUGUGCUUCCCCGCUCAGUGAAAAUGCACUACAAGUACGAUUUGAAAGGUUCAACCUACAAGCGCAGAGCGUCCCGCAAGGAGAGGGAAAAGUCCAGCCCCACGUAUAAGGAUCUGGAUUUUUUACAAGACAUGCACGAAGGCUUGUAUUUUGAAGCCGAAACCUAUAAUGCCUUAAUGAAGACAGUACAGAGGGAUUGCAGGGUCCUGGAAAGUUUUAAAAUCAUGGACUACAGCUUGUUACUGGGGGUUCAUGUAUUGGACCCUAGUCCAAAGGAGAGAGAUGGGGAGAAUGCGCAGGUGGCAGUGGAUGGGAAGCGGCAUGGGGCUCAGAGGGUCCUGUACUCCACAGCCAUGGAGUCCAUCCAGGGGGAAGGCAAGUCAGCAGAGGCUGUUACCACAGACGACACAAUGGGUGGUAUUCCAGCCAAAACUCACAAGGAUGAAAAACUUCUUAUAUUCCUAGGUAUUAUCGACAUCCUACAGUCCUACAGAUUGAUUAAGAAGUUGGAGCACUCCUGGAAGGCUCUUGUGUAUGAUGGUGAUUCAGUAUCAGUGCAUAGGCCCAGUUUCUACGCAGACAGAUUUUUAAAGUUUAUGAAUACCCGGGUUUUCAAGAAGAUACACACUUUCAGGUGCUCUCCUUCCAAGAGAGCCCGCAACUCUAUCCCAGCUCUGAAGUCCUCAUCACAUGAGAUAAUAUCCCCCCAGAACGAGGAGCAAACCGACGAGAGUAAGGAGCGUCUCAGUGGCGCAAAGAGCCUCGCCAGCCUGGAUGGACAAGUAUUUGGGUCUUUCUCUCGGCCGGAUCUGGUGCCAAACCCUCAUUCCCUUUUUGAAGCUUCCUCCUUGGUCACCACAAUCUCCUCCUCCUCCUCACUGUAUGCAAAUGAAUGUUAUGCGAUGGACAACACUGGGGUCCCUGGAUACAGGGAUACGAUGACCUCGAGCUCUACCUUUACUUUAGAGGACAGCGCCAUCUGCCUGAUAUCGGAGCAAAGCACCAUGGAAACGGACAGAGACGAUGGCUCAGUGUUUGAUGUCUAUUUAUAAACUGUCAGGGAGUGUGUGCCCGAUGAAGACUAGCACUUUCUACACUCCAGAGCACAUGAAGCACAGGAACAGAUUCUACUUCAAAGACUGAGACUGAAUUUAAAACACUUUAACAGACAUUGCACAGGCUCCUGAAAUACUGUGUCCUAUUUCAACAGCUUUCCAGACUCUGCUGGGUAUUCAUACAGCAGCUGCUAUAUAUGUACAUGAAUUAUUGCCAGUUCAUAGUGGAUUUUUAUAAAGAGACUGAAAAAAACGAAUCCAUGUGAUGUAAAUCAUUUUCAGCUUCUCAUGCGUUUUAUUUGCAUGCUUUUAAAAUGAGUCAAGGGUGAAUAUAGUUGUUAUUUUCUUAUUUAUAUAUAGUUUUUCUUUUUCCCCUCUGUAAGCAUGCCAAAUCAGCCUCUGGAAUAAUGCUUUUUAACAGAAUAUUUAUGUUUGACUGAAUGCUUGUUUUCUGCUGAUCAGAUUUUUUGCAAACCUGGUUACACUUGCUUUAUAGAAUCUUGCUUUAAUAAUGAAGUUUACAUGUUUGUAUGCAAGUGGCACUGUUUUGAUUGUAAAGCUGCGCUAUCCCAUUCUUAACUAAAACAGCCAUUAUAUUUAUAUGUUGACCAACUGUUCUAAUAUGAUGUAAGCGCAUUCUGAAGGGACUGCCAAAGCAGCAUUGUGUACUGGACCCUAGUUCCAGUAGGUUGUCUAUCCAAGAUCUGGAAUAAUGAUUGGAUGAGAUCAUUGCCCACUGUGAAAUGUCAAUCCCCUGAUUUUGAUUGUGAAAUUGACAGGCACUGGCUGAAGUGGCGCUUCAAGCUCAAGCCUACGUAAACGUAGAUCAGUCUGGGCACUAAUAGAUGACGAGGGGGAAUCAGAAAUGAAAAAAUACACUCAACCAUGAAAAUUCAUACAGAUUGCUCAUUUGUGCUAUGUAGAUAAUAGAUAUCUAGACAAAUAGUCAACGCAGAGAAAGGUAGCUAGGCAGAUUUAAAGAAUUAUUUAUACAUGGACUAAAUAUAUAUAUAUCUAUAUAUAUAUAUAUAUAUAUAUAGAUAUAUAU